UGGCGCAGCGGCGGCGGCCGAGGAAGAGGAGGGGGAGAGGUGGAGGUGGCAGCAGCAGCGGCAGCAGCGGCGGCGGGAGCGGCCACGAUGUCAACCAAGAACUUCCGAGUCAGCGACGGCGACUGGAUUUGCCCCGAUAAAAAAUGUGGAAACGUAAACUUUGCGAGAAGAACCAGUUGUAACCGGUGUGGUCGAGAAAAAACAACUGAAGCCAAGAUGAUGAAAGCUGGUGGGACUGAAAUUGGAAAGACGCUGGCUGAGAAGAGCCGGGGCCUGUUUAGUGCCAAUGACUGGCAAUGUAAAACUUGCAGUAACGUGAAUUGGGCCAGGAGAUCCGAGUGCAACAUGUGCAACACUCCCAAGUACGCAAAGCUGGAGGAGAGGACGGGCUAUGGUGGAGGUUUUAAUGAAAGAGAAAAUGUGGAGUAUAUUGAACGAGAAGAAUCUGAUGGAGAGUAUGACGAGUUUGGUCGGAAAAAGAAAAAGUACAGAGGGAAAGCAGUUGGACCUGCUUCAAUCUUAAAGGAAGUCGAAGAUAAAGAAUCAGAGGGAGAAGAAGAGGAUGAGGAUGAAGAUCUGUCCAAAUAUAAAUUGGAUGAGGAUGAGGAUGAAGAUGAUGCAGAUCUAUCAAAAUAUAAUCUUGAUGCCAGUGAAGAGGAAGAUGGCAGUAAAAAGAAAUCCCACGGAAGAAGUCGCUCUAAGUCUCGGUCUUCCCACUCCCGAUCUUCCUCACGCUCAUCCUCUCACUCAAGCUCAAGGUCUAGGUCCAGGUCCCGUUCAGGAAGCUCCUCCAGUUCCCGGUCAAGGUCUCGGUCCAGUUCCAGAGAACUUUCGAGAUCUCGUGGGUCGAAAUCCAGAUCCAGCUCCAGGUCCCACAGGGGGUCUUCCUCCCCACGAAAAAGAUCUUAUUCAAGUUCUUCAUCAUCUCCCGAGAGAGGCAGAAAACGAAGCCGUUCUAGAUCUUCUUCACCCGGUGAUCGCAAAAAAAGACGCACCAGAUCACGGUCACCCGAAAGGCGCCGCAGGUCAUCGUCUGGAUCAUCCCAUUCGGGUUCCCGUUCAAGCUCUAAAAAGAAAUAAUGUAUUAAAAUUUACACCUAAAAAAAAUUCCAGUACAGUGCAUGAAGCAUAUUUUUAAGAAGUUUGGUGUCUUACUUGGUCAGAAGUGCUAAUCUGCUAGUAGAGGUGCAUGUCCGUCAUUGCUUUCUGGAAAACUCCAGCUGUGUUCAUUCUUGAAAUUAAAAGUACAUGAGCAUUUUAAGCCAUAAUACCCCCCAAAUAGUUGUCAUGUGUUUAUCGUUCUAUUAUUUAAAACUAUAUGUUUCCUCUAAUUUGCAAGAGAGCUUUGUUUUCUAGACCGUGUUGUUCUUCAUUUCCAAAUAUUUCCUGAUGGUAAAGAAUCUGCCGACUUUAGUGUUUGAGUCAGCAAAAGUUCCUGAGGCUUCCUGAGCUUUGGGCAUACCAGCAGUGACUGUGGGAGCUAGAUGGGAACAGGCAGUCCUGACAAUGUGGGAGAUAAAUGAGUCUUCAUAUAGUCACCUUGUCAAAGUGACACUUAGUUUAGAAUUAUGCUCAACAAUAGUAAAUUGUAGAGAUCCAUGAGAAGCGCACCAUCAUGGCUGGAGAUCACUGUGGCUCUGUGUUUUCCCCGUUCACUUUUCCUCAACACUGCAUCCUAAGACAGUGGUCAGGCCCUAUGCUAAGUUGCUGGAGGAGAUGGCUUGUUUCUCCCUGAAUUAAUUGGGGGAGGUGGUUAGACACUCAGUCUGAUACAAGAGUUUUAUCUCUUGCGUGUUCAUAUCUGUGGCACAGCUAUUUAAGGAAAAAACUUCGUAUGCGGCCUUUUGGCCAUGUUAACAUUUCCAAUUUUGAUUUAUAGUGGUGAAUGUAAGCUCAUGGCUUUUUGUUUUGUUUUUUCAAAGAGCUUGGAUGUGACAUGUUCGUGAAAGCCCAUAUAUGAUUGGGUAAACAGGGCUAAAAAUCUGAGACUCCUUAAGGAAGAGGAAAAUGAGAAAUGACCUGGGAAAUAGAACUUCUCUUGUGUGAAAAGAGUGUAUGUUGUAAGGCUAGCCAGUCAUUCUGAUGUCCGUGCACUCAGGGGGGAUUAGCCAUGGGUUCUGAUGUAUUUCACUAUUCUUAUGCACUGCAUGGAAUUUCCUUGUGAAGUAGAAAUGAAUGUUCCUACAUGAUGUGACAGGAAAUUGUCAUUGUCCCCAUUCACUUGAAAUUACUUAUGGCUUAAAAUGCUUUCAGGAAUUUGUUUGAUUUCUGUAUCAAAAUCUGGUCUCUGGAACUCCGUUGAGUCUGCCUUCUGGUUUAUAAAGGGGAGGGGGUUUCUCUUAACAGUUUCUACGAGUGGCAUUGCAAGGUAAGUAUGGGGAAGGAAAUUAACAAUUGAGUUUGGUGCCUUUGUGUCAUUAAGAAAAGAGAAAGAAACAGUUGGGUCAUUUGAAUAAGGGGACGUAAAAGUACUGAGCAGAAAUAGUAAAAUAAUUAACAAACGGAGGCAACCAGAGCAAAAUUACAUUCUUGAUUUCAAAAUAAACUAGUUUUAAUUUUCUCUUGGACUGAUCUAAAAAUGAAAGCAAAAUGUUUUAGGUAGAAGUAUUUUGAUAAUCUUUUUUGCAAAGAAUUUAACUUCACAAUUUCUUACAUACACAUACAUACAUACAUACACAUACAUACAUACAUACGCACACAUGUAUAUACACACACACUUUUCUUUGCUAAAUGUAGUUGUAGAUUGCACAAGAACACUUAGCCUCUUGUAAUUGUGCCUCUGACUUCUUGAAAGUCUUACCUUCUAAAUUGUGAAGAUCAAAUGAUCUCCUAGAAGCUACAUGUUACCAUUGGUUUCUUCUUGUGUUUUGUAUACUUAUCUUUUGCUGUACUUAGCAAGUGCAAGUUUAUGAAUUUAGCAAAUGGUAGAUUACAGAGAAUUCUGACGAUUAUGAUUUUCUUUAGUUUCACUAAACUGUACUAGUUUGUUUCAUUAAGAAAUGAUGCUGUCGACAAAUGUAAAUAAAGCUUGUGAACCAA